ACUUGGUAUUUUCUUACAGAAAACAUCCAUGUGAAUCAAGAGCAACACUUGGUUCGAGUAUCGGGCUGGCAGAAUCACUGCAUCCAACUUCAGGGCUGCUGUGAGCACAAAUCCUGUCAGUCCAUCAGUCUCCCUGAUAAAACGGAUCUGCUAUCCGGAAGCCUACUUAGCACUGCAGCAACAAGGUGUAUCGCUACAAUAGCAACAGGCAGACUAAAACCUAACAAGGGAUACAACGAAACGGAGCCACUAACUGUCGGAUCGUGUGAUCACGGGCCGCUGGUUUACACUGUUGCACCUGGCCUGGCACCCAAUAAGAUGUCAGUGAAUUUGACGUUUUAUUCCUCGGUGAUUGAGGACGCCGAACCACCGACCUGUCAGAUCCCGUGGAACGGGACGUACGUGUCCCCCCGCCCGAACACCGACCCCAUGCACGACUCCCCCCUCCCAGGCUGCUUCACCAUGGACUCACGGGAAGGCUGGUACCUGACUGCGUACUGGUUCUACCUCCUGGACUGGGGUGGGGCUGGAGACGGGCAUUAGUACAGGGUAAUCUAGGAAGCACUUUAUCUGGCUUAGGAUUAAUUGUUGGUUUAAAUUAGAGAACAGGAAAAUACUGUAGGUAGUACUGUUUUGUUUUAAUACUAUUGAGUGUUGCUUCCGACCACUAUGGUUAUGAAGAAAAGAAAUGGACGGAUAAACGAAUGCACGAACGACCCGUCAAGUAUGAAAUUUA